AUCUGAGUCAUGGCUCUGGAAGAGAUUCUGGAUGGUGGCGACCUGUUCUCUGGUCUCGACCUGCCAGACAUUGACUCCAUCAUCAAUAAUGCCGCAAGCUCUUCGUCCGAAGUGCCCGAUGAUGCGCUUUGGUCCAAUCUCAAGAACAAUGGAAAGACCAUUGAUGCCGCCUCCUCCUCAUCUUCCUCGAAGAAGGGACAGGUCAUGAAGCGCAAGUCACGUGCAUCCUCUGUUGACCCUCCCAUUGACGAACGCCGUCUCAAGCACCUCGAGCGAAACCGCGCCGCCGCCACCCGCUGCCGUGAACGCAAGAAACAAUGGCUGCAACAGCUGCAACAAAAGGCUGCAACCCUUACCACCUCAAACCGACAGAUGCAUGAGGAGCUGAAGCGACUUCGUGAUGAGGUCCUGAAUCUCAAGGGCAACUUGGUCCAGCAGCAGGGGCCCAAUGCUUUGGAGCGUGCCGGCAUCCAGCUCUCCAAGUACUCAGAUCCCAACUUUGAUUUCGAAGCCUACACUGCCCAAGCGCUCGCGGAACAAGAACGUCAAGCCGCCGAGCAAGCAGCCAACUCAAAAAGGGCCAAAAGCAAGAAAAACUGAGCUCUCGCAACAUCAACUCGAGUUGUCUCGAGUUCACCCUCUAAAUGUGUAUCAUGAAUUUUCUGUAUUCGCCUCUAUGCGCGCCCAAAGUUGCUGAGCACCAUCCGGGCGCGUUUCAAAAAUUGUAUCUC